GCCAGCUCAGAGGGGCUGAGCAGAGGCUGGCCCUGAGAUGAAUGUGUCCGGUCUCGGCGCAGCAGCCAGGCAGCGGCCCACUCCGGGGCGGGACCAGAGGCGUUAACCCCUUCGCGGCCGCGGACGCUUUAACCCCUUGGGGCCUGGCGGCUGGACUCCCCGCGCUGCCCGCUCCAGAUGCGCCAGGCUCGGGCGCGCCGGGGGGAGAGCGCCCGCCCCUGAGCCCGCCGCGCCCCGCCCCGCCGGAGAGAGCCGCUGGGGCAGGAGGCCCGCCUGAGGCGCUCAGCGCCGGCCAGCGAGGAGCGGGAGCUGCCCGCCCAUGGCCGACCCCCUCCUCGCUGAGCGCCCGGCUUCGGCCGCGGAGCCGGCCGGGAGGUGGCCCCCGGGAGGAGCCGAGCAGCGGGCGGGCAGCCCGCGGGCGGAGGAGCGCGCCUGUCAGGCUUCGCCGCCCGCCGGGGCCUGCCGGGGCGAGGGGGCGGAGGGCGGCGCCUGGGCCGCCGGAGAGGGGCAGCCUCCCGCGGAGGGACAAAGAGCCGGGCCCCAGCCGGCCCCGCAGUGCCAGGGCUGUGCCGGGCCCGGGGGCCACAGGUGCCGGCCCCCAGUCGGGGGAGAGGAGGAAUGGCGGCAGCGGCAGCUGGGCAAGAAGAAGCACCGGAGGCGCCCCUCCAAGAAGAAGCGGCACUGGAAGCCCUACUACAAGCUCAGCUGGGAGGAGAAGAAGCUCUUCGAUGAGAAGCAGAGCCAGCGGGCCUCCCGGCUCCGAGCAGAGAUGUUCGCCAAGGGGCAGCCCGUGGCUCCUUACAACACCACCCAGUUCCUGAUGGAGGAUCACGAUCAGGAGGAGCCGGAUCUUAAGACUGGCCUUUACCCCAAGAAGGCUGCAGCUAAGUCGGAUGACACCAGCGAGGAAGACUUCCUGGAGGAGGCAGCGGACGAGGACGGAGGCAGCGACGGGAUGGGAGGCGACGGCAGUGAGUUUCUCCAGAGGGAUUUCUCAGAGACUUACGAGAGAUACCAUGUGGAGAGCCUGCAGAACAUGAGCAAGCAGGAGCUGAUCAAGGAGUACUUGGAGCUGGAAAAAUGCCUUUCCAGGAUGGAAGAUGAGAACAACAGGCUGAGGAUGGAAAGCAAAAAAUAUGGGGGGGACUCCGCAGAGGAUCCUAGGGUAAGAGAACUCGAGUUGGAACUGGACAUGUUGAGAGCUGAGAACCUGAAGCUGUUGAAAGAGAAUGAACUUUACAGACAACAGGAGAACGCUCUUUCCAAGUUUGGAGAGUGAAACUUUUGGGGGUGGGUGGGGGGCGGGACUUUUUACAGUGAUGGAAUGUAACAUUAUAUACAUGUGUAUAUAAGACAGUGGAUCCUUUUUAUGAUACAUAAUCAGAAUAAACCACAGCCUUGUAUUGUUUUUGAAGCUAUAGCUAUAGUGUAGUGUGUGUGUUCUGCUAACUCUGUGCAACUGAGAAUUCCCCCUUUUUUAAGACAAAUGUGACUCAAGGGGAGGGGAUGUGACUCUUUUUGAUGUGCAAGUAAAUUUGACUCCAUUUAUGAUGCAUUUUAUGUUUAAACCAAAAGGGAAAAAAUCCAGGGGGAGGGGGGAAAACCCUAGAGAAUUGUAAAUCGGCCAAAUUCUGAAAACCAUAAAAUCCAUUAGUUCCAAUAAAUUUAAUUACUUGUAAAUGUAACAGUUUCAGUGUGAUUUCUAGAAAAAUAUUCAAAAUAGCAUUCUCCUAGCUGGGAAUAAAUUUUGAAUAAUUUUUAAAGGGAUUUGUUUUUUUAAAUGGCUUAUACUGCCUAAUAAAUCAACAGAACGAAG